AAUUGAAUAGACGAAGAAGAACCUAACAGCUGUUAGCUAGGUGGUUGUGACAGUGAACAACAGAAAGGUUUAACAACCAGCUUAGACAAAGCCAUCGUUUCGCAAAUGCUAAUGGUUUGGGAUUACAUUUUGAUAUAUCUCUGCGUAUUGAGUGGCUAACCCUAAAAGGAAGCCAUGAUCUUCCACAGCAGCCGAAGGAGAGGAGAAGAUGGCAUUGCCAUGGUUGUUGACUUCCUGCUGUCUAACGCCCGGCUGGUUCUGGGAGUUGGAGGAGCUGCUCUGCUGGGAAUUGCUACAUUGGCAGUGAAACGGCUAAUAGAGCGUGCAGGCCGAGCGGCAGAGGAUGAAAAGGUGGAGCAGAAGAUGGCUGAGAGCUGGGAGGAGCUAAGUUUAGUUUCUGCAUCUCCGACUCUGAUCAGGAGGGGCAUAGAGGGCGUGGUGAUGAAGCAUGUUGCCAAGGCAACCAGACAGCAGAAAGCUGAUCUCUGCCAAAAGCCUGAGAUGUCCCUGCCUGAGGUGCAGCCUAAACCUGGGUCUAACCCCAAAAGACUCCAGCUGUGUGUGCUGACUUUGCAGGAGCGUCUGCAGCAGCACUAUCAUACAAGAGCAGCACUUUCCACAGAAGACAUCCACAGGGCUCAGUCUAUGUCUCUGGAGAUCUGCACUGAGAUCCAGGGCUUUCUUCACAGCCGCCUCCCAGACAUGCCUUUAGGAGAAAUGAGUCUCGGUGGUUCUCUACUCGAUGACUUACAGGUGGUUAGUGCAGACCAUGCAUGUCUGCUAGUGCCUUUACAGCUGGAAAGCUCUCUGUGGCGCCUCAUACCUGGAGAGGAGACACUGCUCACACACCCUCUGCACUGGAUGGUCCGACGAGUCAAUCUGGAGUAUUUUCCGCGAGGGCGCAGUUACUGGGACAGGUACCUGGUGGGUGGUUACUUGUCUGCAGAGGCUGUGGUGAACAUGUUCAGUAAGGCGGUCAUGGAAACUGUAAACUGGCCUUCUAUCAGCAGCACUUUGGAUUGUCUUGUCAGGCCUGUUUUGGGAGGACCGGAGCUGAAACUGGAGAUCCAGCCUGGAAAUGAAAAAGAAGGAGCAGAAACCAGUGAUCAGUCCUUGUUCAUCUCCAUGCUUCCUGUGCUGAGGGAAGGGGAUGUAGUCCUGACCGCUCAGACUGAGCUCACCUCCCCCUGGGUGAACGCCUGGCACCUCUCUCUUUAUCCAUGGGAAACUCAGCGUCUAGCUCAGCUGGACAUGGCUGACAAAGGCUGCCGCAGACACACACUUAAAAUACUCAAGGCAGUUUGCAGGCUCAACCCUGCACUGCGAAUGCUUGAGGCCGCUCCGCUGGCCAAUCUCAUCCUGCACCUUAGCGAUAUUGAGAAGGACUGGUCUGAGGAAAGCCUGGAUGUGAGAUUCCAGCAGUGUAUCACUGAGCUGAUUGGCUACCUUGAGCAAGGGGCAUUACACAGUUACUUCAAACCAGCUGUCAAUCUGCUGAGCACCCUGUCAGAGGACCAGGUGGACCAGAUGGGCUUCAUGCUCUACUGUGCUGUGUCAGAGCCUGAAAUACUUCUCAUUUAAGCCUCUCCUCACACACUACUCUGAUACAAGAGGAACAUUUACUGUUGCAGUGGCAAAAUAGUAUACACCACUGAUUGAUGUGUAAGGAGACUGCAGAUGUGAUGGUAAAUUAACCUGAAAAAGUCACAAAGACGUGCCAAGUUUAGGAAAUGUUAAACAAAAAAAAGUGUUUCAGGAUGUGCUGCUGUGUAUGAAUUUAAUUAUGUGUGAUUAUGUCUCAGGAUUAGUUCUGCAGCAGCACACAGUUGUGUAUUCAUUAACAGCAGAAGUACUCAGGUUGAACGUUUAUUUUCUUUUUGUCCGCACUGCAUCAGUUUCCAAAAACAAUCCUUUAUACUCUAAUAAUGCAAUAAAACAAGGAAGGCCUGCUGAACCAUCCACAUUUGCUGCAUCUAUUAACUAUUUGAUCAAAGCAGGACUGAUUUAACUUUAACUGUUUGUACAUUACUCGUAGGACUGAAGGCUUGAGUAUUUAUGUUGGUCUUGUUUAAUGUUUAGUCUGUUGUCAACAUUUGGUAAAACAGCCUUUUAAGUCAUCCUUAAAGUUUCCCAAUAAUUUAAUGCAGUUGCUUUUAAAUAGUUGAUAAUUGUGUGAAAAUUUCAGUAAUGUUUGUGGAUGGAUGUAAAACAAAUGGAUGUGUGUAUGUGUGGGUGGGCGAGUGGUGUGCACAGAGCUGCAAAUAAAAUGUAAAGCUUGUUUAGUUUGUCCCUGUUUUUACCUUUUUAAAGCUGUCAGGGUAACAGUGUCGUAAUGUCACAAGACUUCCUUUAAGGUAACAGGGUCGGAUAAAACCUUCUGCCUGAGCACCUGAACUGUCGGGUUAAAAUCAUUUGGCCCCUAACUUUGGACAUUUUCAACCCAUCUGAAAAGUUAGUGGUCUUUAUAGUCCUAUUAAGUUGUCCUGCUGGUCACUUUAUCUCCCAUAUCUGUCUCAGGCUUUUUUCAUGCAAACAGAAAAGAAUCAUCCACAAUUUAAACAAUUCAUUUUCCCCCUCAAAAGUAAAGAACAAGGGAUUCUUUAAACACUCUAUAUAGCACACUGCUAACUCCCCAAACGGAGACGAUCUAAAUCAGAGACCAUUUUGGAGUUCAUGAAUUCCAUUUUUAAGCAUUCCAGCACCAAACUUUAGAUCAUGAUCCUGAUAUUUACAGAUCCAGUCCUCUUCAUUUUCUUCUUCUCGGUGAGUUAUAUGCUCUUCUUAGCUUAAUCUAUCAAAAAUGAACCAAACAAACUUUCCUGUGCUGUACAACAUUUAGUUCCAACACCAAAAAAGCUAUCAUCUAAAAUGCAGUAAGUCACUGCUACAGCAAGGCAAAAAGUAAAUAGUCUGGGACAGCUAAAUCAAAGAUUUUGCAGUUUCUUUGAUAAAAACAACCCAGCAAUUGUCUGACCUCUGAUCAGUAUUGGCGACAUGUUUAUCUGCCGGUUGCCUCGGACACAUGUGCUAUCCCUCACUGGAAAUCCACUGAUGUAACUUUCAGUGGUCAACAGGACCAGAAAGAUAAGAUAAACACAGCUUUGAAUUAGGUGUCUAAAAGCUGUUUCAGCAGUAAGGCUGGGAUUGUGCCAUACGUUUCAUAUUGCACAUUUGUACAUAAACCUUAAAUUUAUACAAAAAAAAAACUUACAAUGCCUUGAAAAAUACCAACACCUCCUUAGUGAGUAUAAAGCUUGUAACGCUUCUUUAAACUAUGAAAAAU